CUGGUACCUGCUAUGGCAUCCUCUCUGAAGCCUUGGCAUAUGUUUCUGCUCCUGCUGGGCCUGCAGUACAGCCUGCUUGCACAGAGCAAUUCCAGGAGGGAGUUCAUGGAAUACCAUCACCUAAAUCCAAACAAAGACUUCAGUGCAUACAGAUGUGAUGAGCUCAUGACAGAGAAAGGACUGAAACCCAAGAUCUCACACUCAUUUGUUCAAUUGUCAUGGUACAAAGUUGAGCAUGUAUGCCUUAGUGGCAACUUCAGAGAUCGCUACAAAAACUCCUAUGUUUGGGCUCAGAUGCCGAUUAAGGUCCUGAAGUGCUACUGGGAUAGUUACAUGAGUAGAUACAUAGAGAUAAAGAGCUACAGCUACGUCCAGUUUCACUGUGGUGCAGAUGGGUAUGUCGACAGCAUAGAGGACAUGAAGAUGCUGGAGCCCAUCUUUGACUAG